GAACGCAGCUCGACUGCCCGCAGAAACCUACCGUACUUUCUUCAGCCUCAGCGUGCGUAUACGGCGUCGUGACACAUCUUUGCAAAUUCAGUCCGCAUGAUAAGAAAGAGGAAGUAAGAAAAACAAGCCAUCAUGGAUGGCAUGCAUGGUUUUUAUGGCCAAGGCUAUCCAGUCAUGGACCCGCAAGCUUCCAUGGACGGAUACGCGCAGGAUGAUGGUAUAAACAACACUAUCGCACCCGGGUCCAUGGAUACGACAGGCCUUAGCCAUGCACAAACUCUCCACCAGAUCAUCAGCCAAAACAAUGAAGCGCUCAUGCGCCAGCGGAACACUUUUCAACCGGACUAUCGUCAGGGUACUCAUGGUACUCAGGACCGCAGUCGCAGAGCCUCGAUGCUCGAGUUUGGCGUUCCAGUAAAUGGCGGCAACCUAGCCAACUUCCAGUUCGACCCGAACCCGAACGAGGCUGAUAUGUCCAUGUCCAACACCGUGUCCAAUAUGUUACCAAUGCAAAAGAGUGUAGGACCCCGAAGAGUCAGAUCCAAGGAGGACUUGUCCCUCAGCACCCGCUUCUCUCAAAUGAAUACUAACUUUGACCUAUCCGGCGUCGACACAUUCGGCCCAGGUGUGUUGGGCAGUACAUCUGCAGGGGUCGAACCAUCAUCGGCUUUUAUGGACAUGUCAAUGGAUUUUGACCCCAUGGCAGCAAUCACAAAUCCUGCUACGCAAAUCAAUGACUCCAUGCUCUGCGAUUCACCUAUGGACCAAAGCUUCACGAUGUCCUAUCAGCCUUCCGGUCACGAUCCAGGGGGUGGCUCGAUGAACACGCACAUGAACAACCCAAUGGCUGCUAUGGCGCCACCUAUGCACAACAUCUCUCAAGCAUUCCAGAAUCCACCUCAGCAGAUGAGCAGGCAAACCCCCAUCCCAACAUCGGUCUCGAUGGCGACGGGCACAGCAUCGGCAAUGGCUUCACCCGCGCAUGUCCCGAACUCGAGCUCCAGAAGGCAAUCUGGGGAUCUGCCAGCACCCUUCUCCGGCAAUGGCAAUAGGACUCUAGACGCGAGGCCUAUGAACCCGCCGGGCUUACCCCAUAUGCCCCAAGUACAAGGUCCGCAACCUCAACCGUCCAAGUUCGCAAAUGCAUAUUCCUCUAGUGGGUUCGACAUGCUUGGGGUAUUGAUGCGAGUUGCGACCAGGCCAAAUCCCCAGAUCAAUAUCGGUCCUGUCGAUUUGUCCUGCGCCUUCGUGGUGUGUGACCUCGACAAGUUCGACCUGCCCAUCGUCUAUUGCUCUGAAAUGUUUGAAAGGUUGACCGGCUACACAAAGCAUGAAAUCCUUGGUCGGAACUGUCGCUUCCUGCAGGCUCCUGAUGGCAAAGUGCAGUCGGGAAUAAAGAGGAAAUACGUGGAUGACAACUCGGUCCUCUAUCUCAAAAAUCAAAUUGCCAGACGGCAAGAAGGGCAAUUAAGCUUGAUCAAUUACCGUAAAGGUGGUCAACCAUUCAUGAACCUACUAACGAUGAUUCCCAUUCAAUUUGAUUCUGAGGACUUCAAGUUUUAUGUUGGUUUUCAGGUGGACCUCGUAGAGCAACCAGGCUCUGUUUCCAGGAGAAAUCCGGACGGGAGCUACGAGAUCAACUACAACCGAAGUGCUCUCCCUGCCUACACUCUCCCGGCACCUCCAGAUCCAAGUCAAGGAAUCCAUGACUUGGCGCAGGGCCAAACGGUUCCAAGAGACCAAGUAUCCAAAGUUUUGACCACUCUCGGUCGUGGCGACAGUGAGCUUUCAAAAGGACUCUGGGAUAAAAUCCUCUUGGAGAACACUGAUGAUGUUGUGCAUGUUCUGUCUCUCAAGGGACUUUUCUUGUACCUUUCACCCGCUUGCCGAAGGGUUCUUGAGUAUGACGCCGGUGAACUGGUUGGUACCGCAUUGUCGAGCGUGUGCCACCCCAGCGACAUCGUGCCGGUAACUCGAGAAUUGAAGGAUUCUUCUAAUGGAAGCCCCGUAAAUGUCGUCUACCGAAUUCGGAGGAAGUAUAGUGGCUACACUUGGUUCGAAGCACACGGCGGUCUGCACACAGAACAAGGGAAAGGCAAAAAAUGCAUCAUUCUUGUCGGCCGGGAGAGGCCCGUCUAUGCGCUGGAUCGUAACGACCUCUCGUCAGAAGGAGGAACGGGUGAAAGUGAAUUGUGGUCAAAGAUUUCAACUGCAGGAAUGUUCCUGCAUGUCUCUUCUACUUCUCGAGUCAUGCUUGACCGGCUUCCUGAGGAUCUGAUGGGUACCAGCCUGCAAAGCCUGAUGAGACCAGAUUCUCGGAAAGAGUUCGCACGCAUGCUUGAGAUGGCGAGAACUGGAGAGAAAGUGGCAUUCCGGCACGACCUCCAAAACCGUCGUGGUCAAGUCUUACAUGCACAGACAACCAUUUACCCAGGCGAUGCUCGACCAGGAUACAAGCCAACGUUCUUGCUCGCCCAGACAAGAUUACUUAAGAUGACACGUGCUGCUCUCUUGAGCCAGAAGUCAACCUCACAAUCACCGCGGACCGAUCAAGCGUCUAUGGGCUCCGCGACUCCGGCCACAAACGCAUCUGGACGGUCCGGAACUUUGCGGCACGAUUCUUCCACGUCUCUCUCCUCCGAUAAUCCCGACGGCCCUAUAACUCAGGCAGGCAGCCAGGGACUUCCCCUCGGAAACCAAGACGAGGCGUUGGCAUCCGAAGAUAAUGUUUUCGACGAGUUGAAGACAACCCGAAGUUCAAGUUGGCAAUUUGAGCUGCGGCAAAUGGAACGUCAAAAUCGUAUCCUGUCCGAAGAACUGCAGGGGUUGCUUAGUCGCAAGAAAAAGAGGAAGAGGAGAAAAGGCCUUGGACAGCUAGAAAAAGACUGUGCCAAUUGUCAUACCAGGGUCACCCCUGAGUGGAGGAGAGGUCCAAGCGGAAACCGUGACUUGUGUAACAGCUGCGGACUUCGGUGGGCGAAACAGAAUGGCCGAGUAUCCCCUCGAAAGAGCUCGAGUCACGGUGAUAGAGGGUCUACUUCGCCUGCUCAAGUACCACGCGGCAAGUCGGGUGACAUUAAGUCCACCGAUGGCUCUGCAGCAGCAAACACCAUUGGACCUCUUACGGCACUACAAGGAGUACAACCGAAGCAGGAUGAUCAGAUGUGGCGAGGACCAAUGCCACCCAAGAUCGAAGAAGGCGACGAGCCUCCUCAUCCAAAUGUGCUGCCAACCUGAGAGAACCCGAUGAGGUUAGAUUUUUUCCGACUGCAUAUGCCUUGCACGGUAACUGUGCCCGGCUCUCAGGUACACCCAGGUCCAGCUGAACG